AAAAAAGUAUCGGAGCAGAAGAAAGAGAGAGACGAUCAAUCAAUCCUUCGACCACCAGCCACCGGCAAGGAUGAGUAGCUUCAAGGCCUCGAAGAAGCGCAAGGCGGUCACCCGCGACGUCGAGGAAGAAGCCGAGGCCGUCUCCGGAGACGAGCUCAAUGCUGGUGACCUUGACGGAGUCCUUUCCGACAAUGCGCAGGAUCUGUCUGAGGAAGAAGACGAAAGUGAUUCCGAAAUUGAAAUAAACGAUGAAUUCAGCGAAGAUGAAGAGGACGAAGAGGAAGAACUCGACAGUGAUGAGAUCCCGUCAGACGAGGAAGACAACAAGGGAGCACUUGUCCAAUCUCGUGGAAAAUCCAGAGUAAAUGUCAACAGCGCAAAGAAAGAGGAGCAAGAUGACGAGUCGAGCGAAGACGAAAAGCCCAAUUACCGCAUAGAAAAAGAUGCCAACGGGAACCCCCGUUAUGUCUACGACGAGAUCAACCCUGACGAUAACUCGGAAUACUCUGAUGUCGACGAAAAUGCAAACACCAUCGGCGAUAUUCCUCUGUCGUUUUACGACCAAUAUCCCCACAUUGGAUACAAUAUUAACGGGAAGAAGAUCAUGCGACCUGCGAAGGGUGAAGCUCUGGAUGCACUGCUUGAUAGCAUCGAGAUUCCUAAGGGCUGGACCGGUCUGACCGACCCGUCUACUGGAAAGCCGCUAGAGCUGAGCCAGGAUGAGCUUGAACUUCUGCGCAAGGUACACAUGAACGAAAUCCCAGAGGAGGGCUACAAUCCGUACGAACCCAUGGUUGAGUGGUUCACCAGCAAGGAGGAGAUCAUGCCCCUGAGCGCCGCCCCAGAGCCAAAGAGACGCUUCUUGCCUUCGAAGCACGAAGCCAAGCGGGUCAUGAAAAUUGUCAAGGCUAUCAGAGAAGGCCGCAUCCUGCCGUACAAGCCUCCAGCUGAGGAAGACGAGACCGAAGAAGAUGUCAUUAAGUACGAUAUCUGGGCUGAUGAGGCUGAACGCCCUGAUCAUCCUAUGCACAUGCCCGCACCUAAGCUUCCUCCGCCUGGUUACGAGGAGAGUUAUCACCCCCCGCCAGAGUAUCUACCCGACAAGAAAGAAAGGAAAGCGUGGGAAGAGGCCGAUCCUGAAGACCGCGAGCGUGAAUUCCUGCCCACUAAUUACGACUCUCUGCGCAAAGUUCCCGGCUACGAAAGCUUUGUCAAGGAGAAAUUCGAGCGUUGUCUCGACCUCUACCUUGCACCCAGGGUUAGGAGAAGCAAGCUCAAUAUUGAUCCUGAGAGUCUGUUGCCAAAACUCCCUAGCCCUGAAGAGCUCAAGCCAUUCCCGACCACAUGCGCAACUAUCUUCAGAGGUCACAAGGGCCGUGUCAGGAGUCUUGCCGUUGAUCCCUCUGGGCUCUGGUUGGCAACUGGUGGAGAUGACGGUACUGCUCGUGUCUGGGAACUUCUUACCGGUCGUCAGCUAUGGAGUGUGAAGCUCAGUGAUGAAGACCCCGUCAAUGUUGUUCGCUGGAGACCCGGCAAAGACGCCGUGAUUCUCGCAGCCGCAGCCGGAGACGACCUCUUCCUUGCUGUGCCCCCAAUCCUGGAUCCGGAACUUGAGAAGACUAGCAUCGAUCUCCUUGAUGCUGGCUGGGGUUACGCUGCCAGUGCUCCUGCUCCCAAGCCCGCAGAGGCAAACAAGAAGAGCACACCUCCCCAGUGGAUCCGCCCGUCAGCAGCUCUUGCUGAGGCCGGUGUUAUGGUGGUGAUUCCUCUGAGAUAUGUCGCCAAGUCUAUCUCCUGGCAUCGCAGAGGUGACUACUUUGUCACCGUUUGCCCUGGAUCCUCCACCCCAGCAUCCGUCGCCAUUGCCAUUCACACGGUUUCGAAGCAUCUCACGCAAUUCCCCUUCCGCCGGCGCCUCAAGGGUGGUGGUCCCCCUCAGACGGCGCAUUUCCACCCUUCGAAACCUAUCCUGUUCGUCGCCAACCAACGCAGUAUCCGUGCGUACGAUCUCUCCCGCCAGCUUCUGGUCAAGAUUCUACAACCAGGUGCUCGAUGGAUUUCAUCAUUCGACGUUCACCCGACCUCCUCCUCGGCUUCUGGUGGUGACAACAUCAUUGUCGGAUCCUACGACCGCCGUCUCCUGUGGCACGAUCUCGACCUGUCUGCCCGUCCAUACAAGACAUUGCGAUACCACAAGAAGGCCAUUCGUGCCGUCAAGUUCCACCCCAGCGGCCGCUACCCUCUGUUCGCUGAUGCAAGUGACGACGGCUCCCUACAGAUCUUCCACGGCAGCGUUACCGGCGAUAUGCUUAGCAACGCAAACAUCGUACCUCUCAAGGUUCUCAAAGGCCACAAGAUCACGGGCGAACUCGGUGUGUUGGAUGUCGACUGGCACCCGAGCCAAGCCUGGUGUGUCAGUGCCGGAGCGGAUGGCACUUGCAGACUCUGGAUGUGAUAGAAUAAUGCUUACGCUAAAUAUCUUGUUGCUGUAUUUCUUUUGGGCAUCAUCGCAUGCAAAAGGCGUUUAUUCAAAUGUGCAUAUUGAAAUCUUCUAUAGGCUAUGGAAAAAUAUACCUUUC